AGCACAUUGGUCUGCAAACAUCCAGGUUGACCUUUAUUGCUUAAACAUACCAACAUGGAAACGAAUAGUAGCCUCGUAGCGCGUGGCCGUGAAGACGAGCAUCGACCGCGACAAGUUACUGACAAUGACGUAUCGGCUGUGAUCGACACGUAUCGUGCCCAUACGUUCUCACUGUUGCUUCCCAUCCUACGAGUGGCAAUAACGACUCCGUCCUCCUUAUGGAUUCGAGGCGCACUUAUUCCUGUCUUUGCAGCUUUUGUCACAUAUCAACCAAACAGCAUUGCUCCGUACAUAGUAGGAUGCAUCGCGCUGCUACUUGUACCGCUGCUGCGACAACGGCUCACGGUUCUUCGUUGUUUCGGAGGACGAGCGCGUCCUGGGUUGCGUUGGGGUUCGGAGCAAGACUGGAGGCCAGGCGGAGCUGGUCUACCUGGCCGUCAGGCCCAAGCUGCCCCACGCAGCAGCCGUAGCGGACUCCCUGCUGGCUGCCGCCCUCACGCACGCGCGCCGCUCCGGCUUCAAGGAGCUCGUGCUGCAGCUCAACUCGGCGGAGGCCGGGCUGCUCCAGGCGGCGCAGCGGGCGGGGCUGGGCGGCGCGCAGAUGAUCCGCAUCAACGCCUGGUUCCACGCAGUCCGCCUGACGAGCAACCUCAAGCGGGGGCGGUGACGCGCGGGUCACCGUGGGAAGCGGGGAAAGGGGGUCGAGGACAAAGAAACCUCGGGAGGGCUGAACCGAAGAGACGUCUGCGUUGUUGUAGGAGGCGCUGGGGCGCUAGAGAUGCGCGCGACGACUGCUGGCUGUGUGGAAGGGCUGUGUCAUAUCCCCGCGGCUGUAGGCGAGGGCGAUGCGUCGAGGUGCCGCAUGCAACAGCUGGUCGGCAUGAUUCAUGCAGCAUGCAAGUUGCUUGCUGGUGUUCCCUGUGUCCAGGGACGCGCUGCUCUUGGCAGCGGUGGUGUAGGCAUCCAUGCAUGUGUGUUGGCUGUUGGCUAGCAGUGUAACCUCAUGGCUCCGUGGAGAGGUUCAGGGUAAAGCAGGAUGUAGGCGAUAUCGACGCAUCCAAAGCAGCACACUUGG